CAAGCAGCCAGUAGUAGGGCGGCAUUGCAGCCACUUGCGGUCCGGAUCAAUUGGAGCUCCGUACGACUAGUGUGCUUUUUUCGGCCUCCCAACAGCGAUUGACAGCUCAAACACCCGUGGACGGCCUUUCUUCAAAGUAAUCCCGGUGUCGUGUAUUGCAAGUUGCUUUUGUCUCCUCUUUAUCCGCGCCAAAGCUGUCUUUGUGCGAUGUUGUCGCGAGCCUGCCUCCGGGGCUUUGGCCUCCAGACGCUUCCAAAGAGACAAGCUUAUCAGCUUGCUCGCAGAUCCGUGACCACCGACGCUGCCAGCUCUCACGCGGAGAAAGAGGACGUUCCUGAGGAAGAUGACAAACACUUCCAAGUCAAGCUCCAUGACGAGAGCUUCGAGACCUACAUGCUCGACCCGCCCCCAUACACCCUGGACACCACCAAGCAGGAACUGAAGCAGAUGUACACUGACAUGGUCACUAUCCGUCGAAUGGAAAUGGCCGCAGACAGACUAUACAAGGAAAAGAAGAUUCGAGGUUUCUGCCAUCUGUCGACUGGUCAGGAGGCCGUUGCUGUUGGCAUCGAGCACGCCAUCACAAAACAAGACGCCAUCAUCACCGCCUACAGAUGUCACGGUUUUGCCCUCAUGCGUGGCGGUACCGUCAAGUCAAUCAUUGGUGAAUUGCUGGGCCGCAGAGAAGGCAUUGCUUACGGAAAAGGAGGCUCUAUGCAUAUGUUCGCCCCCAACUUUUACGGCGGCAACGGUAUUGUGGGUGCCCAGGUACCCGUUGGUGCCGGCAUCGCCUUCGCCCAUCAAUACACUGGCAGCAAGACGGCAACCAUCACAUUGUACGGUGACGGCGCUUCCAACCAGGGUCAGGUCUUUGAGGCAUUCAACAUGGCCAAGCUGUGGAACCUGCCGGUUUUGUUUGGCUGUGAGAACAACAAGUACGGUAUGGGAACGUCCGCUGCUCGGUCAUCGGCCUUGACAGACUACUACAAGCGAGGACAGUACAUUCCCGGUCUGAAGGUCAAUGCCAUGGAUGUGCUAGCCGUGAAAGCGGCCGUGGCAUAUGGCAAGCAAUACACAGCCGACGAUAAGGGUCCCUUGGUGAUUGAGUACGUCACGUACAGAUAUGGUGGCCAUUCCAUGUCCGACCCUGGCACAACCUAUCGAACUCGAGAAGAAAUCCAGAGAAUGCGCUCUACCAACGACCCAAUUGCCGGUCUCAAGCAAAAGAUCCUGGACUGGGGUGUAUGCACUGAGGAUGAGCUCAAGCAGCUUGACAAGAAGGCUCGGGAAGAUGUCGAUGCAGAGGUUGCUGAGGCCGAGAAGAUGGCUCCACCAGAACCCACGCCAAAGAUCCUCUUCGAAGACGUCUAUGUCCGAGGCAGUGAGCCACCUUACCUACGUGGCCGCACGCCGGACGAGACUUACUACUAUUCAUGAGAACGGUUUCUUGAUCAAGGGGUUGGGGCAAAUGCAGGCUUGAAGCAUUGUACUUUAGUCAUCCUAGCUUAGCUAUUGAGGAGCGUGUUCAGUAUCAAUGGAUUGGUUGGGGCCCGGAUGCCAGUUCACUGAACCGACCAUUAAUUUCGGCGUUGAAGUCGAUUUUGUCCCUG